AUGGUUUUGUAUUUUGAAAACAGGCAUCGAUUCGACUUUGACUUUGAAACGGCCAGUUUAGCAUUUAUAAACCGAUAUCCUAACCCAUACUCCAAGCAUGUACUUUCAGUAGACACUUUGGAAUCAUAUGUUGAUAAGCAAGGACAACUAUGUACUACGCGAAUCAUAGUCAAGACUGGCAAAUUGCCCAAAUUCAUUAAACCAUUUCUUGGUGUUGCAAAUUUGAAUUCAUGGAUAAUUGAAAAAUCAAUCAUUAACCCAAGGACAAGUACAUUGGUUUCGUAUACGAGUAAUAUUGAUCAUCGAAAGUUUAUCAGAGUAGAGGAAUAUUUGAAAUAUUAUAGCGAGAAGAAGGACAAUACAUUUGCAACUGGGUUGAAUGGUACAAUUGUUGAUUCAAAAGUUAAAUUCUCUUCCAAUUUGUUCGGAUUGAAACUGAAGGUUGAAGAAUGGAGUCAUAAAAGAUUUACGAAGAAUAUACAAAAUACCAGAGAAGGGUUGAACUAUGUCAUGAUGAAGUUGAAGGAAAGGGGAAGAAACUAUUUAACAAAUACUAAAAGAGGUGUUGAUGUAUAG